GGUGGGGCCCUGGGGCGCUCGCAAUGGCGCUGGACUCUGGCACUGUUCUGGCUGACAGCAGCCCCUGGCUGGUCCCAGGACCCGGAAGACCGCGCACAGCGCCAGUGGCCAGUGCCUUACAAGCGCUUUUCCUUCCGUCCAGAAUCAGACCCUUACUGUCAAGCUAAAUAUACUUUCUGUCCAACUGGCUCUUCUAUCCCAGCCAUGAAGGGUGACGAUGUCAUUGAAGUUUUUCGACUACAAACCCCAGUGUGGGAAUUUAAAUAUGGCGACCUCCUGGGUCACAUGAAAAUUAUGCAUGAUGCUGUUGGAUUCAGGAGUACUUUAACUGGCAAGAACUAUACAAUGGAAUGGUAUGAACUUUUCCAACUUGGAAACUGCACAUUUCCCCAUCUCCGGCCUGAACUGAACGCCCCCUUCUGGUGUAAUCAAGGAGCUGCCUGCUUUUUUGAAGGCAUUGAUGAUAACCACUGGAAGGAAAAUGGGACCUUAGUUUUGGUAACAACCAUAUCAGGAAACAUGUUUAACAAAAUGGCCAAGUGGGUAAAACAGGACAAUGAAACAGGUAUUUAUUAUGAGACCUGGACUGUCCAAGCCAGCCCAGAAAAAGGAGCGGAGACAUGGUUUGAAUCCUAUGACUGUUCUAAAUUUGUGUUAAGGACAUACAAGAAGUUGGCUGAACUUGGAGCAGAAUUCAAGAAGAUAGAAACCAACUAUACGAGAAUUUUUCUUUAUAGUGGAGAGCCUACUUAUUUGGGAAAUGAAACAUCCAUUUUUGGGCCAACAGGCAACAAGACUCUCGCUUUAGCCAUCAAAAGAUUUUAUUACCCUUUCAAACCACAUUUGUCUACUAAAGAAUUUUUAUUGAGUCUUUUGCAGAUUUUUGAUGCCGUGAUUUUGCACAGACAAUUCUAUUUGUUUUAUAAUUUUGAGUAUUGGUUUUUACCUAUGAAAUUCCCUAUUAUCAAAAUAACAUAUGAAGAGAUCCCGCUACCUAACAGAAACAGAACACUCUCUGGUUUAUAA